AUGAUAAGUAGAAAUUGCCGUCAGCCUGAGUGCUGUAAACUCUACGGAGGACAGCCCGUUGAGCAAAACUCAGAUUAUAGAUCGAAUCGAAGACAUCCUUAUGACUCGGGAGACAGUGCUGGCGGAAUAUUUCUCUCUCAUCUUGCUACGGGAUUACGUAUCGACAACCUUCCAAGUUUCUCGACGCGUUUUGGACCUCAGGUGGACUGGACAUCGGAAAAAGAAUGUUUCGAGUCUUUUCUUCGAGAAUCGGCUUACUUUUACACUCCGCUGCCUCCUUUGCUGCGAGACCCCUCUCAAUCUGAGAGUCAUGCUGAGCAACUGAAAGGCGAACGGUGA